GACAAAGACGACUACGUUAUUAAUAUACCUCUCUUAGAGCAAAAUCUUCGAAAGAGAAACAAACACGGCAAAACUGGAACCAUUCUGUGCCAAAUAGUUAUGGUGGUUCUACUGAACUCACGUCGUCGUUUGGUUCUUCUUCUACUUGCAACAUUCUCGUUGAGGCUCUGUUUCGGCGAAGACAGAAUCACGCUCUCAACUCGGAUCAAAGAUUCAGAGACCCUUCUCUGCAAAAGUGGUGUUUUCAGGUUUGGCUUCUUCACUCCUGUAAAUUCCACUGCUCGGUUACGUUAUGUUGGGAUUUGGUACGACAAGAUUCCAAUCCAAACUGUGGUUUGGGUUGCUAACAAGGACACUCCGAUCAACGACACUUCCGGUGUUGUCUCGAUCUCUGAGGACGGAAAUCUCGUCGUCACCGAUGGUCGAAACCGCCUUCUAUGGUCGACGAACGUCACAGUACCAGUGGCUCCAAAUGCUACUUGGGUUCAGCUAAUGGAUACUGGGAAUCUUAGGUUAGAAGACAACAGAAACAACGGUGAGAUCCUCUGGGAGAGUUUCGAGCAUCCUUCUACUUCUUUCUUGCCAAGAAUGAAUCUUGGGACCAACAAUAGAACCGGAGAGAAUCUAAAGCUUACUUCUUGGAGAAGCUAUGAAGAUCCUUCAACAGGGAACUACACAGCUGGUCUUGCUCCUUUCACGUUUCCGGAGCUUCGAAUCUGGAGGAACAAUGUCCCAAUCUGGCGUAGCGGACCGUGGAACGGUCAGGUUUUCAUCGGUAUACCGGAUGUGGAAUCUCUUUUGUAUCUUGAUGGGUUUAAUCUUAACAAUGAUAACAAAGGAACAUUUUCAAUGUCCUAUGCUAAUGAUUCUUUCAUGUAUAACUUUAACCUGGAUCCUAAUGGAGCUAUCUAUCAGAGAGAUUGGAGUACCUCUAUGAAUGCUUGGAGAGUCGGUGCUAGGUUCCCAUCGAUAGGUUGUGAUGCAUGCGGUAUGUGUGGUCCAUACGGGAGCUGCAGUUCCAGUGAAGAUCCGCCUUGUAGUUGCGUAAAAGGGUUUGUGCCGAGGAAUAGCACAGAGUGGAAUGCGAGGAAUUGGACUAAUGGAUGUGUGAGAAGAGCUCCAUUGCGGUGCGAGAGGCAGAGCAAUGCAAGCAGUAAUGGUGGUGGUGGAAAAGAAGAUGGCUUUUAUAAAAUGCAGAAGAUGAAAGUACCAAUCAGAUGGCUUAGUGAGCAAUCUUAUGAGCAAGCUUGUCCCAAGGUUUGUUCAGAUAACUGUUCUUGCACUGCUUAUGCUUAUGAUCGAGGAAUUGGAUGCAUGAUUUGGAGUGGUAGCUUACUUGAUAUGCAAUCAUCAUUGGGAAGUGGCAUUGACCUUUAUGUUCGACUUGCGCACUCUGAACUCAAACUUGCAGAAACACAUAGCAAGCGAGCAGUUAUGAUCACAGCACCCGUACUAGGCGUUGCCUUUAUUGCCGCGGUCUGCCUUAUUUUAGCAUGCCGGAAAUUCAAAAAGCGUCCAGACGCACCAGCGAAAGAUCAAAGUGCAGAGCUAUUGUUUAAGAGAAUGGAAGCACUUACAAGUGGUAACGAGUCUGCUUCUAACCAAGUCAAGCUCAAAGAGCUUCCUCUCUUUGAGUUUCAAGUAUUGGCUACAUCCACCGAUAGCUUCUCUCUUAGAAACAAGCUUGGACAAGGCGGAUUUGGUCCUGUUUAUAAGGCGUGGAAGCUGUCGAAUGAAGGUGCGGCUGCUUCUCUAGCAGAUCCAAUCGUCUUUGAUGAGUGUUUUGAGAAAGAGAUAACGAAAUGUAUUCAGAUUGGUCUGUUGUGUGUGCAAGAAGUUGCAAACGACAGACCGAAUGUUUCAACCGUUAUUUGGAUGCUAACUACAGAGAACACGAACAUACCUGAGCCGAAGCAGCCUGCGUUUAUAGCAAGAAGAGGAGUCUCCGAGGCUGAAUCUUCUGACCAGAGCAGUCAAAAGGUCUCUAUCAACGAUGUGAGCCUCACAGCUGUAACCGGACGUUAAAACUAAAUGGAGGUGGAUCUUUCAACAUUUUUACAAUAAUUUGAAAAAAAAGAACUAUAAAACACUCUCAACAAAGGUAAAUAUUAUAUAUUUUCUCAAAAUGAUUAACAAUAUUAACCUUUUUCCAUGCUUUUAAACAUUGAUAAUUAUUUUUGGAAAAACGAUUAUAUGUUAGAUUUUCUAUUAUUUUUUCUAUUUAUAAAAAAAUUAUUUAAAUAAUAUAUAUAUUUUUAUGCUAAACCAUUAUAGUAAGAAAGUAAAAAAUUUGAUCUAAAUAAAUUUUUUAUAAUUUUGAGCAAUAUAAAUAGUUUUGAAAAGACACAAAUUACAGUUAUAAUGAAGAAACACAACCAUUUAUAGUGAAAAGAUACAACUAUUUAUAAUGAAAAGACGCAACUACAUAUUUUAAAACGACACAACUGAUGAAAGUGUAAAUGGCAUGCAUUCAGAUUGUUUAAUUAUCAUAUAUUAAAAAUUAAACAGAAAAUUAUUUGAUAUUAUUGUAACUAGAAUUAUAUAAAACAAAAAAUAAUGAUAAAAACAUGUAACAUUCAAAUUUUUUUUAAUAAUUAUUCAAAGAGUAAAAAAGAUAUAAUUUUUUUAAUUAUUAACAAUAUGUUACAUUAAAUUGAAAAGUAUAAACUAAUUAUGAUAAAAAUAUUUAACUUUCUAAAUAUUUUCUAAAAUCAUUAUACUAA